AUGGACUGCAAUAAAGAAGAGGCCUUAAGGGCCAAGGAUAUUGCUGAAAAGAAAAUGGAAAGCAAAGAUUUCCUAGGGGCUCGUACAUUUAUCAAUAAGGCUCAGAAACUAUAUCCCGAUCUGGAGAAUAUCGCUCAAAUGCUUGUUGUUUGUGAUGUGCAUUGCUCUGCUGAGCAAAAAUUACAGGGUACUACAAAUGUGGUGGACUGGUAUAAAGUUUUACAAAUUGAUCGCAAUGAUAAUGAUGCAAUAAUUAAGAAGCAGUAUAAGAAGUUUGCUCUUCAACUCCAUCCUGACAAAAACAAGUUUGCUGGUGCAGAAUCUGCAUUUAAGCUGAUUGGAGAAGCUCAAAGAGUUCUUUUGGAUAGAGAAAAACGAACAUUACUUAACAUGACUUUGAGCAAGUUUUCAAUGAGCAGAACUGCCAUGCCAUCGCAUCAACGGAGUGUUCCAGUGAAUUUUAAUCCUGUUAUGCAAACUAAUUUCCGGCCCAUUUUCAAAAACAUAAAUCCUCAGCAGCCACCACCGCCGCAGCCGCAGCAGUCUAAGCAGCCAACUCAGCAGGGGCUUAAUGGCGGUGUCCAGACUACUUUUUGGACUAUGUGCUCAUUUUGUUCAGUGAAGUUUGAGUAUUACAGGGUAGUUUUAAAUAGAUCUCUUCGCUGUCAAAAUUGUAGUAAGCCCUUCGUUGCAUAUGAGGUGGAUGCGCAGGGUACCAAACCGGCAACUAAGGUGGAUGUGCAGGGUACCAAACCGGCAACUAAGGUGGAUCUGCAGGGUACCAAACCGGCAACUAAUUCAAGUCGUAAAGCUUCUAGUCAUCAGAACAGUACUCCGCAUCCUGGUACUUUUAAGGUUGAUGUUGAAUCUCAAGGUGGUUUGCACGCUCAGAGGUCCAACAAGGAACCUCAUAAUAAGAAAGGCUCUACUUCAAAUGUCUCUGUAAAGCCAAAUGGAAAGAGAAAGAGAAAGCAUGUAGUACAUUCCAGUGAAAGUUCUGAGUCUAUAGGCAGCACUGAUUCUGAAUCUGAAGAUGAUUCAUUUUUUAGCAAUGGUUUUCCUGGUGUUUCGACUUCAAGAGAAGAGCGUCCACGUAGAUCUACACGGCAAAAGCACCAGGUUUCCUACAACGAGAAUGUAAGUGACGAUGAAGGUGAGUGGGAACCUUCAAAACAGGGUAAUGAAAGUGCUUCACCUUGUAGUGAUCGUGAAAAUAAUGAGGAAACUGAAACAAAUGAUCAGAAUGGUUUGGCUGCUGGUCUGAAAGAUGAUUUGAAAGGGGUAAAGCAGCAAAAGCAAAAAAAUAAUUCUGAAGAGAGCUUAAAAAAUAUAGAUGUGAAAAUUAGGGAGGUGGGAGGAAAAGAAACAGCGGGCAGCUCAAAGAUAGAUGAAGUUUCAGAGCAUUCAGACUCCAAAUCAUCAAAUCACUCGGAUGGUUUUGUUUAUCCUGAUCCAGAGUUUAGUGACUUUGACAAAGACAAGAAAGAGGGAUGUUUCACUCCCGGGCAGAUUUGGGCUGUUUAUGAUGAUAUAGAUGGCAUGCCUAGAUUCUAUGCUCUAAUCAAAAAAGUUUCUUCUCCUGGAUUCAAGAUGCAGAUAACUUGGCUUGAGGCAGAUCCUGAUGACGAAGAUGAACAAAAGUGGAUUGAGGAGAACCUGCCAAGUGCCUGUGGGAAAUAUAAACUUGGUAAGACUGUAACUAUUAAAGAUCAACCGAUGUUCUCUCAUCUGACUUUAUGGGAAAGGAUUAGCCGCGAUACUUUUAAAGUGCAUCCUAGAAAAGGAGAAACUUGGGCUCUUUUUAAGAAUUGGGAUAUUAAAUGGUAUAUGGAUGCUGAAUCUCAUCAGAAGUAUGAUUUGGAAUAUGUUGAGAUCUUGUCGGAUUAUGUUGAAGGCGCGGGAGUAAUUGUUGCAUACUUGGCUAAGUUGAAAGGUUAUGUGAGCCUCUUCUCUCGAAUUACGAAUGGAGGUAACCAACCAUUUCAAAUAUCACCAGCUGAGUUGUUCAGAUUCUCUCAUAGGAUUCCAUCUUUUAAAAUGACUGGUCAGGAAAGAGCAGGCGUUCCUGAAGGAUCUUAUGAACUCGAUCCUAUAUCCUUGCCGAUAGAAGAGAUUGGCGCUCCUGAUGAUUUAGAAGCGAAUGUUGCAUCUUCUGCCAAGGUGAAUUUGGAAAGAAGCAAUUCAGCAGAGGAGAAGAAGGAUCCUGUUAAUCAUAUUGAUGAUGUUGGUGCUCCAUCAGCUUCGGUCCAAGAUUCUUUUGAAGUUCCAGACCCUUCGUUCUACCAAUUUGAUGGUGAGAGGUCCCAUGAAAAGUUUGAGGCUGGCCAGAUUUGGGCAUUUUACAGCGACGAGGACGAACUUCCAAAAUACUACGGCCAGAUUAAAGGGGUUAGGAGGAUUGGCCCAAAAAUUGAGUUGGAAGUAUUUUAUCUUACUGACUGCCGGCUACCUAAGAAAGUUAUUAGAUGGGAUGAUAAAGAUAUGAUCAUUUCCUGUGGAAGAUUUAAAAUCAAGCCAAGUGCCAAGCUAUGCACUUACAACAACACCAAUUCUGUUUCACAUCUGGUUCAUGCUAGUUCUGUUGGAAAUAACAAAGAAUAUGAAAUUUUUCCAAGGAAGGGUGAAAUUUGGGCACUCUAUAGGGACUGGACAACUAAAAUCAAACGUUCUGAUUUGAAAAACUGGGAGUACGACAUAGUGGAAGUUAUUGAAGACGGUGAUACGUGGACAGAUGUUUUGUUUUUGGAGAAGGUUAGUGGUUACAGUUCAGUUUUUAAGGGCAAGUUAAAUGGUGGUGGAUCAACGAAGACCAUGACGAUCUCAAUGAAUGAGCUGCUCAAAUUCUCCCACAAGAUACCUGCUUUCAAACUUACAGAAGAACAUGGCAACAAUCUGAAAGGCUUCUGGGAACUCGAUCCAGGAGCAAUACCACGACAUUAUCUUAGCAAGGAAUGA